AUGCACGACGUUAUUAUUCUUUGGCACUUCCCCUUCUUCUCUGCUGUAGCCUUGCUGUGCCUCUUGAAGAUCUUCAACACCAACGAUCCUGUUCACAAAGUCGAUCACUUUGACAUAAUCACCUACACAUGGGGAAAGACGGUGCCACCAUACAACUGCGGAAUAGAUGGAGUGAACUGGAAUGUGCCUAUUCAAGAAAAGAAGUUAGAAGACAUCAAGAGGUUGAUGAUCAAGGCGAAUGUGCAGUACCUAUGGGCCGACUGCAUUUGCAUCAACCAGGAUGAUGAGAAGGAGAAGGCAGUUGAGAUACCGAAGAUGUACCAGUACUAUAAAAGUGCGCGGAAGUGCUACAUACUCAUGGAUAUGGAUGAGGUUUGGGCUCCGCAGGAGAUAGUCGACAAUCUACAUUUCAUCGACCACAUACUCUCUCACAUGGGCGGUGCAGCCCUUGCGACAGAAGCCAAGCUGACUGAGAACAUGACAAACCGACUGACCAUGUGGGCGAACGAGAACUGGAACUUUCGUAUUGACGCCUCAAUAGUACGAUCUGCUGCUAUCGAUAUGGGCGUGUUGAAUUGCUACUCGACGUGCAUCAGCCGUGUCAGGUCGCUGUUCGAGAAUGACUAUUUCACCAGAGUGUGGACAUUCCAGGAGAUGCUUCUUGGGAAGAAUAUCACCAUGUAUGGGGUACACAGCAAGACACUGGCUAUUUAUCCCUUAGGUGAUCUCGAGACUUGGAUGGAUCUGGCGACAGACUCCAAUGAUAAAACAUGGAAGCUACAGGGCUGGAUUGAGACUUCCAGAGUGUUGAAAACGGCAUCAGUCAAUGCAAUCUUAAAUAUAAUAGAUGAAGACUGUCUCGCUCUGGAUAUCUUGCAAAAGCAAGUCAAAGGACUUAUCAGCGCCCGAACUGAUAUCAUAGCUGGUGGUCCUAGCUGGUGGUACGAGAAUCGCAAAGGAGUCAGCAACAUAUUCUCAGCCAUUUCAAUCACCCCACGAAAAUGUGGACAAAAGGUUGACAUCUUCAGAGGUCUUCUCGGCAUUUUCAGCGGCUUGUUCACGCCGGAGGAGGUUGAGAGAGACUUGAGUGGAGACGACAUCGAAAAGAUCUCCUUCGCUUUUUUCAAGCAGCUAUCCAUCAAGACUGGGCAUGCUUGGACUAAGCUCGCCAUAAGCAGCGAAGAGAGAGGAGUGUACGACUGGAUACCAGUUGCCGCAAAGAAUAGCAAGCUUCUAUCCACGGAUAUCUUCGCAGCGGUAGUUAAUUUAGGACGACUGAAUCAAAAAGGCCUGGCUAAAGCAGUAGCAACGACAGGCUUGAAUGGAGCCCCACGCAAGUACAUGAAGAUCCAAAUCAGCAAGGAGAAUAGGGGCUUUCAAUUUACCUUCAAAGGCUGCAACUGCGGAAAGACUGUGAAAACUGGUCUUUUCAGCAGUGAGCCAAUACCCACCUACGACCAACCCAGAAGCGUAUCUGGGGACGAAACAGGCAGGAUACUUGUGCAAUGUGCGAUAAUCCUGGGGAGCCUCAUUGAUCCCGGCCACGACGUCGUUGAGUAUAGGGGAAGACUUCUCCAUUUACCUUGCCUCUGCAAGCUGCGGAUAAUAGCGCGUGCAAAAGUGGGCUAUUCUCCCUCAUCCUUUUGGAGGGGUAAGCUGAGUAUCACAGGUAUUUCCAUCUUCAUUUUUGAAGCCAUUACCGCGGUUGAAGGAGGCUCUCUGGGAAACCGUGAAGCCAUGGCCCUAGAAGACGACAGGAUUGUAAUGAGGGAUGGUCUGGGCUUGGUACAAGUCGACGAUGUUGGCAGAGCCUUCAAUCUGGCUGCAUUUGGAGGCGAUAUCGAUGCCUACAAGUCAUAUGCCAGCGGUUGCAGAAGCACUAAACUUCACAAAGCGUUGGUGCGGGAGGAGCUCACACACAGCAUUACGGACUUGAUGAGGAAUUAUGGAUACGUCGAGACUGGAGGAUCUGGGAAUUUGUUGAUAUGCAGAACAAGUCCUGUCGGUCAGUACAAGAUCAUAGGAGUCUGUAUAGAUGUGUCUAUUGAGAGUAAGAAGGGGAAUCAUACAGUUACCAUUCGAUAG